GACAAUAUGAGUUUUCGUUAAACUAGAUGGAGAUUUUUGGCAGUGUCUUUAGCUGCUCUAAUCCUUUUAGGAAAUAAUUAUUCAUUUGAUAAUCCUCAAGCUCUGCAAACUUAAAUUUAAUAAUAAUUAGGAAUUAACAUUAUUCAGUUUAAUUUACUAUAUAGUGUUUUUGCUUUGCCUAACAUCUUUCUCACUAUUUUGGGAGGUAUUUAAAGAUCAUCAAUAUUGUAGGAAUGAUAAUUGAUCGACUUGGAGUGAGAUUCGGGAUUUUCACAUUUACACUUAUAGUUACUAUCGGUUAAUUGAUAAUAGCUUUGGGGGGCAAAUUCAAUCAAUACUCCCUAAUGUUGUUGGGAAGAGCAAUCUUUGGUGUGGCCAGCGAAAACUUGAUCAUUGCAUAAAGUACAUUUGUAAGUUUAUGGUUUAAGGGCACAGAAUUAGCGACUGUAAGGUAUUGUAACUUAAUAUAGGCAAUGGGAAUCAUCAUGACUGUUCCAGAAUUGGGAGGUGCUCUAAAUAGUUUAUUGACUCCUUUGAUCUACAAUUCGAGUCAAAAGUUAUCAGUGCCACUUUUUGUCAGUGUAGGAUUUUGUUUAUUCUCAUUUUGUUGUGGGGCAGUUUUGGUUUAUCUGGACAAAUACGCAGACAAAUAUGAUUAAAGAUGUGAGUAAUAAGUUUGACAUACUCUUUUAUAGAAGCAGAUUCUCAAUACGUUUUGGAAUAAAACAUCAUGGAGAAAGAGGAAGGAGAGGAAGAUGAAGAAGAGGAGAAGUAAGAAGAAUCCAAAGAAGAAAUCAGUUUGUAGGACCUUAAGUAAUUAUCAGGCACAGUCUGGAUCCUCUUGAUGAUCUGCACUUUCAGUCUGUGUAUAUUCAUCCCCUUCUUGGAUAAUGCUAAUUAAUUCUGUUAAGAGAGAUUCAACCUUUCAAAUAUAUCAGCAGGAAGAGCCAUCAUCAUUACCUACUUGACACCAAGUAAAUACAUCAAAUUAGCCUAGUUUUUGUAUCUCCAUUUAUUGGGUAUGUAGUUGAUAAGGUGGGCUAUAGAAGAAGAUGGAUGAUAUUGACAUCUCUGCUCUUUAUCAUCUCCCAUUUAUUAUUCGCAAUCUUACCAACUCCUGAGGAUGGAUCACCUCAAUAUGCAGCUGUAGUUCCCUUGUUCUUAUUAGGAGUCAGUUAUGCAUUCUAUUCUUGUGUUAUGAUUCCUUGUGUUCAGUAUCUUGUUGAGUAAAGAAUCAUGGGCACUGCUUUUGGGUUGAUGGGCUUAUUUGAAAGCAUCGGAGCUUGCAUCUUCCCUCUUGUUUCCUCUUAAAUCUACAACACUAACGGUGAUUACAGGUAGGUUGGAUUCUUUUACAUGGGAAUCGGUUGUGUUAAUUUAAUCUUUGUAUUGACAUUAUACUUUGUGGAUAAGAAGGGGAGUGAAGUACUUGACAGAAUUAACCCCUUGGAAGAUAAAAGUGAUAAGGAAUCAUCAUCCACUUCUGAUGAUUCUGUUGCUUCAGAUUUAACAGAUGAGGAUGAAAGGGAGUAUAUAGAGAUGAAAUCCAACAUCAAUUCUUUAAAGUUACAGCCAUUGGAAACUAAUAGUGACACAAAAAGCGAACCAGGGGAUCUCAAGAUGUAAAGAUCUCUAAGCUUCGAAUAUUCAAUGCAAGUUACAAAAAUAGAUAAUUAAUGA